UCAGACUUCUCUGGAAUUUUCUUCCUUCUCUUAUAAACUCUUCUUCUUCUUCUUCUUCCUUCUUUCUCCAAUCAACAUCCCUCAUGGCAAUUCUCUCCUCCCAUCACCCAUCCGCUAUUGCAUUCGGAAUCUUAGGCAACAUGAUCUCCUUCUGCGUCUACCUGGCUCCAGUGCCGACUUUUUAUCGGAUUUACAAGAAAAAAUCAACGGAAAGCUUCCAAUCAGUACCUUAUCAAGUAGCACUUUUCAGCUCCAUGCUGUGGCUUUACUAUGCAUUGCAAAAACCCGAUGACACCUUCCUUCUCAUCACCAUUAACUCCUUUGGAUGUGUCAUUGAAACCUUUUACAUCACUAUGUAUAUCACCUAUGCCCCCAACCACCAAAGGGUCUCCGCCAUGAAACUUUUUGCUGCCCUCAAUGUCCUACUUUUCUCUUCAAUUCUUCUCUUGGCACAAUUCCUACUCAACCCUUCUCACCGAAUUCCAGUUCUCGGUUGGAUUUGCGUCGCCAUUUCCGUUGCCGUCUUCGCAGCCCCCUUAAGCAUUGUGGCUCAAGUUGUCCGUACAAAAAGUGUAGAAUUCAUGCCCUUUACACUAUCCUUCUUUCUGACAUUGAGUGCAAUUAUGUGGUUCUCAUACGGUCUGCUACAGAAAGACAUCUGCGUGGCUAUUCCGAAUGUGUUGGGGUUUAUGUUGGGGAUGAUACAGAUGGUGUUGUAUGCAAUUUACAGACAAAACGACAACAAGAAGCUGCCGGAACCUUUGAAAAGCAUUGUCGUUUUGGGUAACUCCGAAGUUCAUCCUGUUCAAAUCCAACUUCAUGAGGAGUCUGUUAAUGACCAAGAAAAAAUAGAGCAAUUAGCUGUGAGUUUGGAGAUCAAGAAAAGCAAAGAAGCUAAUUCAGAUCAUAAUGAUGUUUGAUUUAUGAUCAUCAACUUUUUGUAAAAUUGCUCUCUUGUUAGACACCAAAUCAAUACCUUGUUUUCUUCUUACUCUCUGGCCCUUUAUAUACACAAUACACUUGUUUCCCUGUAAGAUAUACAUACAUCCAGUCCUGUAUAUCUCGGACACCCACCUCCCCUUUUAAAGUACUCCUCAAUAGGUCGUUUUGUUACAUAUUAUUAUUGAUUUCUAAACAUGUAUAAUUGGUUUCAUUUGAAUAUGCUAUUUACUUCAGCCA